GAUUUAUCCCCGUCCAGACGAGGCCUCGUCAGGUUUUGCCACGUAAGCGAAUCACUGGCUUCCGUCUUGCCGCCGGUGGGGUGCGCGCCGCCGCCGGCGAGGACGAGGGGAAGCAUGGCGGGCGGAGACCGAUGCGGCCUAGCGCCCUGGUGGUACUGGUACUCUAUGGAGUGGAGCACCUCGGCGAUUGAGGAGCUCCCUGAGCACUUGCCCACGCGCCGCUACCCGUCGCCGCAUCUCGGCGUCUAGCUGCUGGCGCAGCGAUGGCGCGCGCGGCGGUCGGCCAGAGCUAGAUCGGCGGAGCCUCCUCCAUCUGUGCUCACCAGCUGCAGGACGCGUGGUAUGCGCCAUGAAGUGGGCAAAGACCGCGGGGAGCGACGCAGCAGAGGUGUUCGGAGAAAUGUCGCACUGGCAGUCGGCAGAGACGCGGACGCGGUCGUCGGUCUAGUCCAAGAAAAGGAUCCCGCACCUCAACUGCUCAUCAUACUGGUCAGCUUCUCCGCAAAACGAAACAAACCUUCAUCCACCGUUCUUUUCAUCCAACCUCUGGAGGUCCAGGCAAUGUCUCUACCUCGGCAUCACAAUUGGGAGGAGAAUGAUGAUGGGGCCGAAGGAUUGCGCCGAUCACCUCCGGGAAAGCGACCCCGGUGCUCCUGCAGAUUUGAUGACAGGCAGAUGGAGAUGCUUGAGGAGAUGCGAAGAAUGCUGAAGGGGCAAAACGAGAAGAUUGAAUCCAUGUAUAGGGAGAAUCAAGAACUCAGAGAAAAGGUUUCCUUCCUAACAGCGGAUAUAACCAGACUUGGUGGUUACCUUCAGCAAUCCCCUGCCCCUAGGAUGUUAUCUGAUCAGAAUAGCAGUAUGCAACUUCGAUUGCAAUUUGUGAAUUCAUGCAGUAACAGUAAGUACUCAACACGUAAAAUUGAAGCAGAUGACGAGACCCCCCUUAAGGUAGCCAUAUACGAUCAUAACAACGAGAUCAUGACUUGUGAACCAUUUUCUUCAAUGAGAGUUCACAUUGUAGCAAUUCAUGGUGACUUUGACGAUGAUCAUAAAGGCCACUGGACUGAAGAACACUUUCGUAGUAAAAUAGUAACUGGACGACCUGGAAAAGAACAUUUAUUAUCUGGGAAGCUGUAUUUUAGGCUGCAAGGUGGUGUGGGUUAUCUAAACAGUGCCAAAUUCCAAGACAAUUCCAGUUUUGUUCCAAGCAAAAGAUUGAAGUUGGGGGUCAUGGCUGCUGAUGAAAGAAUCUCUCAAAGAAUUCAGGAAGGAAUAACUGAAUCUUUUGCUGUAAAGGAUGUUCGGGGAUACUCAACAAAAAAGAAUCUCAAUCCAUCCCCAUGCGAUCCUGUAUACAAACUGAAUAAAAUUGCAAUGAACGGAGAUAGACACAAGUUACUAGAGAAGAAUGGUAUCAAGACAGUGGGGGAUUUUUUGUCUUUCUAUGAUAGAAGUCCUGAAGAUCUGCGUAAAAUUUUGGGAAAGAUUUCUGACCAAGAUUGGGAAACAAUCAUUAGUCACGCUCAGAAAUGCACUCCAAGACCAGGAAUUUACUCUAGUUGCAUACAAGAGAGGAAUGGGUCUGACGAACAUCAGACAUUUUCUAAAAGCAAUGGCAGUUGUUACCUUAAGGGGUCAUGCUCAGAGCAACCAAGCUCUAUGCUGCGAAAACAACUUGAUGUCCAAGUAGUACGCCAGCAAACUUCUUCAGUGUGUAAUGGACUUCAAUCUGGUGCAUCACUAGGGAAUCUGCCAAGUAAGUCCAAGUUGCAACAAAGUACUUCGAACCAGAGCGUGACUCCCCGUGAACUUGAGAGCUUCCAAGUUGCCAAUGAGGAAGUUUUGUCCAUAAGAAAUGAGGCUUCGUCAGUUCCAUCCAUGGAUAAUAAUACCUUAGGAGGGUCUAGCACACAGCAACAGUGUUUUUUGGAACACAACACAACAUCUGAAUCUGAUGGGAAUUCAUUCUUACCUGGUAAUCCAUCCACGGACGACGCCGUCAGAGAUCAUCUAGCAGAGCUGGAAAAAGCUCUCCUUGAAGAUGAGUCAUGGGGUGACUUUGAUUUCAAUGAAGCUUGGGCAAAUCCCUACAGUGCAGUGGAGCAUAGCACGGGGCUUUCUUCUGUCAAUGGAGCACAUAAUAAUAAUAUUAACCACGGUGGACUUUCAGCUGCCAGUGAAGCAGGCAGUGUAAGCUAUGGCGGACUUUCACCACCUGUCAGUGAAGUAGGGAGUAGAAGGUAUAUGGGGUAUUCGCCUUCACCAGCCAGCAAACCCUGGAGCUGCAGGUUCAGGGGACUUUAGCCUGUCAGGGAGUCGAGCUAGCAGAAUUAAGAAUGCUCACCGCGAACAUGGAUUAAUUAACACCCGGCUAUUUGCUUCCUAGGCUCCUAGCUACGUGCAUUUUUUUUGCUAUGUAAAGUUGAUAAUGAGGAUUUACAUAUUCUUUCUUUUUUUUUGACGUGAUAUUCUUUCAUUUUGGUUAUGUCAAACUUCUUACAGAAAAUAAAUGGGCAUAGUCAUCCCUUGUUUCUUCUCUUUC